UAUAAACAUGGCGUGACCCGCGUCGAACAUGUGAUGUGACAUCAACAGAGGAAAGAUGCAGCCACAAAGAAACUGGCAAGUCCUUGUCCUUCUUGCGACCUUGAUGACCUCCCAGUCAGCGGGUCAAGGUUGGAGUGGCGUCGGCCCGUUCCGCGCCAUGUUUCCCAGGGUGCACCACAAUAUCCAGCCCGGUCGAGACUACGGAGACCCGCUCUUCCUCACUCCCUAUUUGGAACAGGGCAUGGCGGAGAAAGCUCGAAUGCUGAGUGAGGUAAACCUCCCCGAAACAACAGUCAACAGCUACUCCGGCUACCUGACUGUCAACAAAACCCACAACAGUAACCUGUUCUUCUGGUUCUUCCCUGCCCUGUCUGAUUCAGAGAGUGCACCUGUCCUCUUGUGGUUACAAGGAGGGCCGGGAGGGUCCAGUAUGUUUGGACUGUUUUCUGAGAUGGGACCAUUUUAUAUCACCAAGGAUGCUGAAUUAAUGUUGAGAAAGACAACCUGGGUUUCUGAGUAUUCCAUGCUGUUCAUCGACAAUCCAGUUGGAACAGGAUUCAGCUUUACUGAGUCCGACGCUGGAUAUGCUAGAAACCAAACAGCCAUUGCAGACAACUUGUACAAUGCUCUGUUGCAGUUUUUCCAAAUCUACCCAGACUACCAGAAGAAUGAGUUCUAUGUAACAGGAGAGUCCUAUGCAGGGAAGUAUGUUCCGGCGCUGAGCUACAAGAUCCACUUGAAAAACCCGACAGCCAAGUUCAAGAUCAACUUUAAAGGCAUGGCCAUCGGAGAUGGUCUGUGUGAUCCACUAACUCAAUAUGCAAAGUUGCCGGAGUUCCUGUACCACAUCGGGCUGGCAGAUGAGCCUCAGAGGUUGAGAAUCGGGGCGUUUGUGGACGUCCUUGGGGCUCAGAUUGUGGAGGAAGACUUCCUGGGAGCGUUUAAGACAUUUGAGACCAUGCUGCUUGGAAACAUGUCCUACUUCUAUAACAUCACAGGAAGCAAUGACCAUUACAACUACGUCAGAACAGAGGAACCAGCACAGCAGGGCUACUAUGUGGACUACCUGGCCAGACCUGAGGUGAGAAAAGCCAUCCACGUGGGAAACCUGACCUUCCACGAUGGGUCAGAGGUCGAGGAACACCUGCUGGGAGACUUCCUGCAGUCUGUCAAGCCAUGGGUGGCGGCCAUCUUGGAGAACUACAAGGUGUUGAUCUACAACGGCCAGCUGGAUAUCAUAGUCGGAGCUCCGCUGACGGAAAACUUCCUGUGGAGUCUUCCCUGGUCCGGACUGAAGCAGUACCAGAAAACGGACAGGACCGUGUGGAAGGUUAACCCUUCAGAUACCGAGGUGGCUGGCUUUGUCAGGCAGGUCGGGAACUUUUACCAGGUGAUUGUCAAGGGUGGCGGCCAUAUUCUUCCUUUUGACCAACCAGAGCGCGCCUUUGACAUGAUUGACAGAUUUGUGUCAGGCAGAGGUUUCCAAUGACAGACCAGCGGGCGAAAUUGGACCAAUCAGAGCAGGUCUUUGACAUGAUUGACAGAUUCGUAUCAGACAGAGGUUUCCAAUGACAGACUAGUGGGGGGGGGGGGAAUUGGACCAAUCAGAGCAGGUCUUUGACAUGAUUGACAUCUUUAGUUUGAGAAAGAAUGUUAUACAUCAUGUAAAUUUGUAUUAUUAGUUAAUAUCUUGGAUAUGAGAGAAUGAGAGACAAUCCUUU